GUAAGUCUUAUCAAGACGCCUUGUCUGGUCAAAGUUUAUCCUCGAUGGAGUAAGAUAAAACUUCAGUCAUAACAAAAGAACAGCUCAGUAAGACGACUGUACUGUUGGAUUGCACUCUUCAAGCAAGACUCGGUUUUAAGCAUGGAUUUCGAUGAAAUCACCAAGAAACUUGGAGAGUUCGGUCGAUAUCAGAAAUUCUUAUAUCUGCUAGUAUGUCUGACUGCGUCCAUCGUUGGAUUGUUUGCAGUCAUGGGAGGCAUUAUUUUGGCCACUCCGGAACACAGAUGCAAAAUACCUGGUUUAGAGAACGACACUUUUGAAAUUCAAAGUGAAGCCCACAAGGACUUAAUUCGUCAAUACAUACCGCCAUCCUCAGACCUGCUGCUUACGUACGACCAGUGUUAUUUAUAUUCAUUUAAUUCAAGUUCCGUUACUUUUGACAACUUGAGCCGACCAAUCAACGCCACGCGUAAUAAGUGUACAUCUUGGGUAUACAGUUUUGAGGUGUUCGACGAGACUGUUGCCUCCAAGUUCGAUGUUGUAUGUGACAACGCCUACCAGACCUCACUCACUAAGUCGCUGUUCUACGCUGGAGUAUUUGUUGGUGCUUUCAUCUUCGGCCAAAUGUCCGACUAUUUUGGUCGUAAGAAGACGUUCUACCUCUCGCUGAUCCUGAUGUUGGUUUCUUCACUGGCUUUGGCAUUUGUACCAAACUUUAUUGGUUUUUCUAUUAUCAACCUGAUAGUUGGUGCAGCCUCACAAGGACUUUUCCUCACUGGCUUUGUAAUAGGUGUUGAGUUGGUGGGUCCAUCCAAAAGGAUAUGGGCAGGCAUUGUCAUCGAAUAUGCCUUCGCUAUCGGGCUGAUUUGCCUCGCAUUUAUUGGCUACUUUGUUCGGAACUGGCAGUACCUAGUCAUCAUAUGUGCUCUACCAUUCGCCUUGAAUCUGUGUUAUUGGUGGUUACUACCAGAAUCACCUCGAUGGCUUAUAUCCAAGAAGCGGUUUGAGGAAGCAGAGGCGGUGCUUCGUAAAGCCGAGAAGGUCAACAAAGUCAAGCUGCCUGACAACCUGUUCGAUAAAGAUAUGGACGAGGUCCCAAAACCAACCGGGAAUUUCAUUCAACUUUUCACCAACCGAAUACUUCUUUUCAGAACCCUUAUCAUCUUCUUCAACUGGACCAUAGUUACUAUGAUAUACUACGGAUUGUCCUUGAAUUCCGGCAAUCUCGGUGGAAACUUUUACCUGAACUUCUUCCUGUCGGGACUGGUUGAGUUUCCUGGGUACACAAUAGUGCUAUUGUUUCUGGACCGGUUGGGACGAAAACGCCUUCAUUGUAUUUGUAUGAUAGUUGGCGGGCUUACAUGUAUAUCCACGAUCUUUACCAUAUUAUUUGGAGGCAAAGAACUGCAGGCGCUUACUACGACUCUAGCCAUGAUAGGCAAACUUGGAGCUGCUGCAGCCUUUGCUAUCAUAUAUAUAUACUCGGCGGAGCUCUUUCCCACAGUCGUCAGAAACUCUGCUCUCGGAGCAAGUUCCUGUGUUGGGCGUAUUGGGAAUAUAGCGGCACCAUAUGUUGCUGAUGCGGGUACCAUGAUAGGAGGUAAAUUUGGAAAGGCAUUCCCUUUGCUCUUUUUUGGAGCGACGGCAAUAUUGGCUGGAUGUCUUGCCUUGUUCCUACCUGAAACACUCAACCAAGAUCUGCCGGAGACCAUAGAGGAUGGGAUACAAUUUGGCACCGAUGAAUACAAAAACAGGAAGAAAGAUCUCAGUAUGGAGGAGAAAGUGAUGAGACCAGAACAGAUGGCAAAGCUUCUUCCACACGACCGACAAGCUCAGUGGUCAAGCUAAAGUCACUAUGUAACGAACUGUAUAGACUGCAUUUCUUUUAACCUCAAACGGAAGACACCCAGUCAGAGCAGUCAAAGCACAGAAGCCCUAGAGGGGAAAUAGGACCAAACUUUUUAUAACCGGCUGGAAGGUGUGGUUUAUAUUACAUAAGACCUUGCAGUGAGGUUAAUGAUAUGUUCUGGUAAUCAGUUAUUGACAAAAAAAUCCAGACUGCUAGUUAUGGCCAAUUAAAAAGGCUAUUAUUGUAGUCACAAGAGAAUAUAAUAUAACAUAAACUAAAGUCGCCAUGUUUCACUGUCUAUGAUUAUAACUGUUCAAUGUCAAGGGAGAUAACCUCAAUGAAAAUUAAAUGAAAGUUUACAAGCGAAAAACUGAUGACCACACCGUCCUCCCGGUUAAAAAAAGAUUGGUAAUAAUUCCUUACUAGGGCUUGCUUUGAUUGCUUUGAAUCGGUGUCUUCUGUUUUUCGUUUGUUUUUUCUACCUUUUUUUAAACAUGUUACGAUUUUUCACUAUACUCCAAAUAUUCAGCAAGAUAGCAAGAUGUGAUUGUAAGUAUUGUAUAUGUGAACCUGCAAUGACAAUGAAAGAGGUCGAUAAUAUGAUGAGAGGCAUUAUACAAGGGGCAUGUCAAUCCAUACAAGGGUAAUGUCGAUUUUUAUCAGGGAAAUAUCAAUGUAUACAAGGGCCAUGUCAAUGUAUCCAAGGGGGAUAUCAAUGUAUACAAGGGGAAUAUCAAUGUAUACAAGGGUGAUAUCAAUAUAUACAAGGGGAAUAUCAAUGUAUACAAGGGGAAUAUCAAUGUAUACAAGGGGAAUAUCAGUGUAUACAAAGGGAAUAUCAGUGAAUACAAAGGGAUUAUCAAUAUAUACAGCGGGAAUAUUAAUGUAUACAAGGGGCAUAUCAAUGUAUAAAAAGGGCAUAUCAAUGUAUACAAGGGGAAUAUCAAUGUAUACAAGGGGAAUAUCAAUGUAUACAAGGGGAAUAUCAAUGUAUACAAAGGAAAUAUCAAUGUAUACAAAGGGAAUAUCAAUGUAUACAAAGGGAAUAUCAAUGUAUACAAGAGCCAUGUCAAUGUAAAGAUGGGCGCGUUGCCAGUCGUCCAGUAUGUACAUAAAAUCCAUAACAUACAAAAUUUUGUAUUGGCUCAUAUACAUAUUAUCUGAUCAGUUUCGAAGGAGUGCUGACCCUUCACUAUGAUAAACAAAGACAUCGUCAAUAUUUUAAUCUUUUUUGUUUCACUUUAUAAUGAUGCUCAUAUUAACUCAUUUAUUGGUGGCAGCUUGAUAGUAAAAAUGUACAUUUCACUGUUAAUACACAAGUAAUAGUAUGUAGGCAUUGUGCGUGUACAAUGUAAGAUGAACAUAGUGCAAAGUGACAACACAAUUACUGGUCUAUAUUUAGUGAGUGUGAAACUAAUAAUGUGUUCAUUAUGUAUGUAAUUGUACAUGUAUAUGUAUAGUGAUUACAAGUGAUAAAAUAGAAUAAUCAAAUGUUUAGUAAGUACAUGUUCUAAUACAAAUAAUGUUUUAACUUGUAAAUAAAAUGUGAACAGAGUCAUUCAAUUUUCAUCCACUAUUAGAUUAAUGCUUGCUUUUGAGACCUUUAAAGUAAUGAUGGAAUAAAUCAGCUUGUAACACAAUCAUGGAGGUUUAAACUAUAUAACAUAAAACAAAAAUAUACUUGAUAUGAGUUGGCAACAUUUGUUUCAUUAACAUACUAUAAUACGAAAU